AUGGAGCUAGCUUCUGAAGAAUCUGAAGAGGAUAAAGAACAUACAUGUGAGACAUUGCUGAUGUGCAUUGUUACUGUGCUUAGUCAUGGGCUGAGAAGCGGGGGCGGAGUAGGAGAUGUACUCAGGAAACCAUCCAAGGAGGAACCUCUCUUUGCUGCAAGAGUGAUAUAUGACCUUCUCUUCUUCUUCAUGGUGAUCAUUAUUGUCCUUAAUCUGAUUUUUGGAGUCAUUAUUGAUACCUUUGCUGAUCUAAGAAGUGAGAAACAGAAGAAAGAAGAAAUUUUGAAAACAACAUGCUUUAUUUGUGGUUUGGAAAGAGACAAGUUUGAUAACAAGACGGUGACUUUUGAAGAACACAUUAAAGAGGAGCACAAUAUGUGGCACUAUUUAUGCUUCAUUGUGUUGGUAAAAGUAAAAGACUCUACAGAAUAUACAGGGCCCGAGAGUUAUGUAGCAGAAAUGAUAAAGGUGAGUUUUCCCAUGCUACAGCCCUCAGGCUCCAAAGAUCUGAAAUUGUGGGUCCCAGUGUAA